CACAAGUCUACCACUUGAUCACUUCCCUCUUCCUACCAUUCCAUUCGAUAUAUCUCUGUCCAUUUGACUUUCCCCAGGACUGUACUUGAAGGGAACAGUGUUUGCUGCUGCUUCUCAAGCUUCACAAUUCUUCCUGCCACCUGCACGAACUCGAGACACCCCAGUGUUUGCGACUUCGACCCCCUUUACGCUCUCACCACCAAGCUACGCUUCUACAGCAUAGUCCUGUAUAAUGGCCGAAUCACCGUCUCCGAUUGGUAUUGCCAAUCUCCCCAACCAACGACAUAAGAUCGUUGCAAAGCGUGGAGCGGCUUUCACUAUUAUGGUUGCUGGUGAAUCAGGACUGGGAAAGACCACAUUCAUCAACACGCUCUUCUCCACCACCAUCAAGAACUAUGCCGACCACAAACGUCGACACAACAAACAGAUUGAUAAGACGGUCGAGAUUGAGAUCACCAAAGCCGAAUUGGAGGAGAAGUUCUUCAAAGUCCGCCUGACGGUCAUUGAUACUCCUGGCUUUGGCGACUAUGUCAACAACCGGGACUCGUGGCAACCCAUCAUUGAGUUCUUGGAUGACCAGCAUGAGUCCUACAUGCUUCAGGAGCAGCAACCUCGCAGGACGGAUAAGAUCGAUCUUCGAGUCCAUGCUUGCCUCUACUUCAUUCGCCCCACCGGUCAUACUCUGAAGCCAUUGGACAUCGAAGUCAUGAAGCGACUUUGCACUCGGGUCAAUCUGAUCCCUGUCAUUGCCAAGGCCGACACAUUGAGCCCAUCAGACCUGGCCAAAUUCAAGCAGAGAAUAAGAGCCGUCAUUGAAGCCCAAGGCAUCAAGAUCUACCAGCCCCCGAUCGAGGAUGACGACGAAGCAGGCAUGCACCAUGUCCGAAGCCUCGUCUCCGCCAUGCCCUUCUCCGUCAUCGGCUCCGAGAAAGACGUGCAAACCAGCGACGGCCGCCCCGUCAAGGGCCGACAAUACGCCUGGGGAGUCGCGGAGGUGGAGAACGACGAGCACUGCGAUUUCAAGAAGCUGCGCAGCAUUCUGAUCCGCACCCACAUGCUCGACCUCAUCCACACCACCGAAGAGAACCACUACGAGGUGUACCGCGCCCAGCAGAUGGAGACGCGCAAGUUCGGCGAAGCCCGCCCGCGCAAGCUGGACAACCCCAAGUUCAAGGAGGAGGAGGAGGCGCUCCGGAAGCGCUUCACCGAGCAGGUCAAGGUCGAGGAGCAGCGCUUCCGAUCGUGGGAGCAACGCCUCAUCUCGGAGCGCGACCGCCUGAACAAGGAUCUCGAGCAGAGCCACGCGAUGAUCAAGCAGCUGGAGACGGACGUGGAGCAACUCCAGGGCAGCGUGACCCGGUCUCAUGGACGUCGUUAAGGUGUCAAUCGGUUGGCCAUCCAUCCUGGAAACCUAAACUCAUGUUCGGAGAUUCGGAGAAAAAAUAUUAUCAUGUGGGAAAAAGCACAGCAAUGGCUUCUCUGUUUCGUUUUGUUGGGAUUUCCUUCCGUCGUUUCGAGAGAUACCUCACUUUACCCUCCCCUUGUUUUCCC